AUGGAUGUACAGAGCAUACUCGGAAACAACCAUAUAGAAGAUGUCCGUUGGCUCUGCUCUCUAUCUGAGUCGGAACUCGAUUUUUUGACGGGUUUGAAAACUCUGAUACAUCAGCGUGCCAAGAAAAUCGGACAUGAGGCCCUAGUAAAGAAAUUUGAUUUACGAACACUUCGAGCCCUCAGUUUUGCAUUGAUGGAAAAUCUAAAGGGGGAACUUAAGGAUUUAUCAGCAACUUCAGGCUUUAAGUGUAAUUUGCUGAGUUAUAAUCUCAAUGGCAUUAGUAGCUUGACAAUCGAGGAAUUGAUUCCGUUUAUUUGCUCGGACAAGAGGAAAAGAAUAUCAGACAUGUUUUCUCAAGAUAUGCCACCCAGUCAAAAGCAGAAAACUGGCGAUUGA